CCCAGCCCCAUGUCCGACUCCGGGGAAACGCCCCAAGUUGACGUGCAGGGGCUGUGAUCAGUUCGUUGCAAGCCUCUCCCAGAUACCUCUUCCUCCACUCUGCAACUUCAGGCCCUCUCCCAGUCACUUUCACAGUUGGGAUCAAUUGUGCAGCCAAGCCUGAACACCGAGUUGAAUUGAGCUCUCCCACAAUCUCCUCGCCACCAGAUCAACCUUCGCCUUCAACUUGUUCUUCCUCCCACCACAAUUCACAAUGUCCGAGGUAGACCUGGUCGACUUCCCGUCGCUCUUCUCGCUGAAGGGCAAGGUGGCCGUCGUCACCGGCGGCUCUCGCGGUCUGGGUCUCAAUGCCGCCUCAGCCCUCCUCCAAGCAGGCUGCAGCAAAGUCUUCAUCACCAGCCGCAAGGCCAAGGCCUGCGAGGAGGCCGUCGCCCAGCUCAACGCGCUGCCCAACCUGCAGCCGGGGGCUAAGGCCAUCAGCGUGCCCGCCGACUCGGCCACGCUCGCGGGGAUCGAGUCGCUCGUGGCCCAGGUCAAGCAGCACACGGACACGAUCGACAUACUGCUGGCCAACGCGGGCGCGACGUGGGGCGAGGCGUUCGAGACGCACCCGGAGCACGCCUUCAGCAAGGUCAUGGACCUCAACGUCAAGUCGGUCUUCUACACGGUGCAGAAGUUCGAGCCGAUGCUCAAGAAGGGCGCCUCCGUCGAGGACCCGGCCAGGGUCAUCAUCACCGCCAGCGUCGUGGGCCUGGGCAUCGGCACGCUCGGCAAGCAGGCCACGUACGGGUAUACCGCGUCCAAGGCCGCCGUGCUGCACCUCGGGCGCAACCUCGCCGUCGAGCUCGGCCCCCGCCACAUCCUGGUCAACUCCAUCUGCCCCGGCUGGUUCCCGACCAAGAUGGCCACCGGCCUGCUCAAGCUCAGCGGCGGGCUCGAGAAGCAUGCAAAGGCCAAUCCCAUGGGCAGGCUCGGGCGGCCAGAGGACAUUGCCGGUGUCGUCGUGUACCUCGCCAGCAGGGCCGGGAGCCAUGUCAACGGCGAGGCUAUCGAGAUUGAUGGCGGUGCCCUGUGGGCACGUGGUGCGAUGCUCGACGUCUCGAGCCCAGAAUCGAAGCUCUAGUUUUGUCCAAUUUGGUGGAAUUGCUCCAGCAUAGCGGCUCUAUCACCUGAGAAAAAAAAGCUUUCCAGGGAAAUGAUGGGUAUAACUUAAUCAGAAAAAAAUAAAAAUAAAAUA